UAAAGGAAGGCGUGCAGAGCUUUGAGAAUCCGCGGCAUCUGUUCGGACGAACUUUCGUAAACAAUCAAAUCCGAAGACAUUCCAUGGAACGAAUUUGAUUUUUAUUGCGACGAUGCGAUCCGCUAUUAUUAUCUCAUAGACAAGUAAACUUCACAAACAGAUGUCUGGAAAAUGAACGCAACUUCUCCCAAAUCGUCGCUAGCCAAGUUGGGUUUGUAUCCCAGGCAAAAGACUUUGAAGGUUAUGGUGCUGGGUCAAAGCGGAGUAGGAAAAUCAGCAAUGGUAGUUCGAUUUAUUACGAAAAGGUAUAUUGGAGAAUAUGAUCCUACUUUAGAAAAAGUUUACACUUUCCACACUGUGAUCGACAACGAAAUGGUGUAUUUUGAUAUUCUAGACACAGCAGGGCAGCAUCAUGAGAGCGAAUGUUUAGCGUUAGAAGCAAAUAUCAGGUGGGCAGAAGCAUUCAUCCUUAUGUAUUCCGUCACAGACAAGUGUUCCUUUGAUGAAUGUUAUCGAUUAAAAUUCUUAAUUAACUACAAUAAACGUAGACGUAGAUUAGGAAGUACGAGUAAAGACGGAAUUGGCGAUGUACCGGUAGUUUUAGUAGGAAAUAAAAUCGAUCAAGUGGAAGACCGGAUGGUAACGUUGGAAGAAGGACAAAGGAGGAGCAAGGAAAUUGGAUGCGUUUGUUUCCACGAAAUAUCCGUCAGGGAAAGUAUAGAACAGGUUUGGUCAGUUUUUCGAGACGUUUGCCGUUUCUGGCGCGUCCAAAACAAAAAUCCCAAAAUUCGAAGAUCUGGUAGCGAAAAAGAGCCCACUUCUCCCGACACCGUCCGACUUCUCUGCUCAGCCACUGUAUCACCCAGUAGUCUGAUCCCCAGUUGUAGACCAACAGUUAUGUUCAGCAGAAGAUGGACCGAAGUCGAACUGGAAGAAGAAGAGGAAGAAACUGAAAGCAAAGAAAGCAACGCUUCCAGUCCCAGCGACAGUGUACCAUUCCGAGAACGAGCUUCUACAGACGGACAUCUGCAACAAAGACCCUGGAGAUGGAGAUAUCCUCCAAUCGCUGCUGCAAGUUCAGCAGGAAGCCAAGAUUUACCCAGCGCCAAGGCCGAGAGGAGGAUGAGCAUUUCGAUGAGAGGGAAUAACGCGAGCUACUGAAUUUUUGUUGAUAUUAAUUUUACAGGGGAAAUGAGAACAAAUGCGUCUUCGCAGGACAAUAAAUUUGUAAUGACAACGUUAUUUUCUGUUUCUAUUUCGAAGAUCGUUACUAAGAAAAAUGUAUCAGACUGCGGGCUUUAAAAUUCCAGUCAAUUUUUUAUUGUAGAAGUUAUUACACGAAUUAUUUGAUACAUUUUUACACAAACGUUGACAAAUAAAUCAAAAAGUCUGAACUAAAAAAUAUAUAUACAUAUAUAUGCUUAUAUACACACAUUCUUCUAUAAAUAUACCGUGCGAUUAAAAAAAAGGGGAAUACACGUGGCCAUGUUUUUUAGAAAAUCAGCUGUCAGUGUCAUAAAUAUUAUGCGCCAGCGUGUGUUAAAUUAAAAUUAAUCAAUUUUCUUUUCAACCUGACAGUUAAUUUUAAACUUAAUGGACGUUGAUAGCUUUAUAUGACAUGAUUACUAAAUGAAGUUUAAAAAACAGAAUCAAUCCUGAUUCUCUUUUUUUAAUGGUACGUUAUAUCUUUGCUGUACUUGUUGUAUCCCUGUUUUAUCAAACAUCGACCACUCUAACUGUGAUUUAAUGUUUUACGGUGUGGGAUGAUUUUGAAAAAUACUUCAAUUUCUACUUUAUUUAAAAUUAACACAAAGCGACUAAUACUUAUUUUUCCUGUCAUUGACAUUUGUAAAAGAUCUUGUUUGUCAAAAAAAAACGACAAAAGAAUUUCAAAAUCAUUCUUGACGCAAUCUCGUUUUAGACUUUCGGACCGGUAGUGAUAUUCUAUAUUUCCACAAUUUCGUACUUUCCUUUUUAUUAUAACUAAUGUUACAUUUAUUGGUAUUUAUUAAUACCGAAUCACCUGUUGAUUGAAAAGUCUUACAACUGAAAUAAGAAAAUUGCAAACUUGGUCAAAAGGUUUUAAAACGAGCUUUAUGUGUAUACCAUACAUAUGUAUACUGAAAAAUUAUAGCUGUUAUAUUAUUCAUAUAACCAAAAAUUUUAUAAAUAAA